GCCGGGUGCUUGUUGCGGUGUUUAAAUUAUACUGUUCCUUUCCUUUUCAUGAAUAAUUUCAGUUUUAUUUCAAUAGUUUCACGUUUCCUUCUGAAGUAUUUACAUUUUUUCAAAGCACACUUGUUUUGUUUUCUGGGACUAAAGACAGCAAGUGGAGUCAUCCACAUCGGAUCCGUCUAAAUAAUAUCAGCUAAUGUUGGAGUAAGAUUCAGUAGGGGUCAAUCAGAACAAGGACCUCACAUCUACAGGAAAGUUUUUUCCCAUCAGCUCUCAGGACUUUACACUCACACAUGCACUAAAUGUGGAUUUUGCACUUUAGGUAAAUUGGUUUGUCUUUUUUUCUUGUAUUUUUUGUUUGUUACAUUAACAUCGAGAGGAGUUGCGUUUUAUAUUUUGUUGUAUGCAGAGCUAUACAAUGACAAUAAAGAUCAUUCAUGCAUUCACAAUGUCACUACAUGAUGCAGAAAAAUGAGUGCAUGCUUUCAUCACCUCUAGGCUGGAUUACUGUAAUACUGGCUGCCUUAUGUCCCAGUGAUCCCUCACGUCUGUGUUCCCUUCUGGAUCUCCUUUUAGUUACGCUGUCAGAGCUAGUAUCGGCGGAGUCCCUGCUUUCACUCACGCAAACUACACUUAACCAUUACGGGACAAUAAACAUACCUAAUAAUCUGUCCCUCCCUUUCCCUCUCUCUCUCUCUCUCUCUCUCUCUGUCGAGCUACACAUGAUACUCCUGAGAUGCCAGUGUUCCUGACCCCUUCUGCUCUCCGGACCUGUCUGAUCCAUCCUGAUGCUCUGCUUCUGGUUGGAGUUCUCAUCAGUUGGAGUCACAUGCUGCUGCUGAGGAUGUCCCACAUGGUGCAGUCUGAAGAUCACUGAGAUCACUGAGGACGGUUCCACUUAAACUCCAUAAAGAUGCCUCUGGACCUCAGUUCAUAUGAACGGUUAUACUAUGAUAGCUUUAGCACUACAAUCACCACAAACAGUUCUGCACUCGAGUCUCCAUCAGUGACCAGUGGAGAAGUUCAACACAACAGACUUCCUGUAGAAACUGUAAUGAAUUUCCUGCUUACACAACUGCACUAUUUCAGCAUGUAGUAUCAGCACAUUUACAGAAGGGGUGUAUUUAUUUAUAAUCACACUAUCCGGUGUCACCCGAUUGAGGAUGGGUUCCCUUUUGAGUCUGGUUCCUGUCCUCUGGCUACUCAUUAGGGAUAAAUUCCUAUAUUUAAAAUCUAUUUCCUGAGUGUAUAUAUUUCUGUAGCGCUGCUCUGGGACGAUGUCCACCGUUAAACACGCCGCACUAAUAACACUGAACUGAACUGAAACCUGUCAAAGCCAGAGACGGGUAACAGACGUGGGUCAUUUGAAGUAUUUAAUGUCAACCUCACCCUCACCUAGUAUUAUACAAUUUCAAGUAAGCCUGAAGGAAAGAGUUUUUUUCUCUUCUUCCCUCAGUUCGAGUGGCUGUCUUAUUCAGCCGACUCAUCAAAUUCAUUUUAACUCUUCAGAGUGUGACUUCCCCCUUGUCCCUAUGGGUCUGGUGCCAGAUGCCCUCUGAACCUGCGGCAUUAGUGGUUACUGUGUGUUAAUAGUUAAUUUAUUAAAUCUGAUGGGAGGAGGAACAUCUGAAUAAGAGGGAGUGCAGAUAUUCACUCCACUCGCUCCCACUGUCAGUUUCCAGCACACCUGGUCAUCAUGGGUAAAGGGUUCUUUAUUAGCAAAACGGUCGGGAUCGUCGGGAUCGUGUUGGGUGCUGGAGCUGUGGCCACCAUCAUCGCGCUCUCUGUCGUUUACUCUCAAGAAAAAUCCAGAAACAAAGAAGUCGAGGUGAAACCCACUGAAGCUACAACUACAACAACAACAAUCCCUCCAACCACAUCAGCAUCCAACGAACCAUGGGACAAAUUUCGUCUCCCUGAUACUCUUAUCCCGGUUUCUUACGAUGUCACGUUAUGGCCGCGUCUCAAACCGAACGCUGAAGGUCUCUACGUGUUCACGGGACACUCCAGCGUGGAGUUCGAGUGUGUGAAGGAGACGGAUCUGAUCCUGAUUCACGCCAACAAGCUGAACCUGAGCGCUGACGCCACACUGAGCACGCUCAACGGCUCUCCCGCUCCGUCCAUCACGUCCACACGAACCAUCAGCAAAACCCAGUACCUCGUUUUUCACCUGAGCGACAAAUUAAACAGCGGAGAGAGGUACAAACUCCACACCGAGUUCAGAGGGGAACUCUCCGACGAUCUGGGAGGAUUUUACCGCAGCGAGUACUACGUAAACGGAGUGAAACACGUGGUGGCUACGACACAGAUGCAGCCCACAGAUGCGCGGAAAGCGUUCCCUUGUUUCGAUGAACCUGCAAUGAAAGCUUCUUUUAAUAUCACUCUGCUGCACGAGCGAGGAACCGUCGCGCUGUCCAACGGCCAGGAAAUCGAGUCGGUUGAAAUUAAGGAAGGUGAUGAGAUCCUCAAUAAAACACGGUUUGAACCUACCAGGAGAAUGUCAACAUACCUGCUGGCGUUCAUCGUCAGUGAUUUUAAAGCGAUUGGGAAAAUGGAAGACGACGUUUUGAUUCGUAUUUUUGCCCGUGCGGAGGCCAUCGACGCGGGUCACGGGGAAUACGCACUGAACAUCACGGGCAAGAUCCUGAAGUUCUUUGAAAAAUAUUAUAACGCUUCUUACCCGCUGUCCAAAUCAGAUCAGGUGGCUCUGCCGGACUUUAACGCCGGUGCGAUGGAGAAUUGGGGUUUGAUCACGUACAGAGAAACCGCUCUGCUCUACGACAGUGACGUGUCCUCUAACGGGAAUAAAGAGCGAGUCGCCACCAUCAUCUCUCACGAACUCGCACACAUGUGGUUUGGGAACCUUGUAACUAUCAAAUGGUGGAACGAUCUCUGGCUGAACGAAGGUUUCGCCUCCUACGUUGAAUAUCUCGGAGCCGACGAUGCUGAACCUGACUGGAAUGUUAAAGACCUGAUCGUACUGAACGACAUCCACAGAGUUUUCGCCGUGGAUGCUCUGGCCUCGUCCCACCCGCUGUCCUCUAAAGAAGACCAAGUCCUGAGACCAGAGCAGAUCAGCGAGGUGUUCGACGCCAUCUCCUACAGCAAGGGUGCGUCGGUGUUGAGGAUGCUCUCGGACUUCCUGACGGAAACGGUUUUUGUGGAAGGCCUCAGUAGCUACCUCAAUCACUUCCAGUUUGAAAACACGGUGUACACAGACCUUUGGGAUCAUCUCCAGAAGGCUGUAGACCGCACUGGAACAAAGCUCCCAGGGAAGAUUAGUGAGAUCAUGGACCGCUGGGUUCUUCAGAUGGGUUUCCCAGUGGUGACGAUUAACACGGUGAACGGAACGCUAACUCAGAAGCACUUCCUCCUGGAUCCGGACUCCGUCGUGGAACCGUCUCUAUUCGCGUACGAGUGGAUUGUUCCUAUUCAGUGGAUGAAAGGUGGAGCGAAGCAGAACAUCUACUGGAUGGAGACCAAAACCGCUCAAAACACUGAGAUGAAAAUGGUGGGUUCUGAUUGGCUGGUGGCCAACCUCAACGUGUCUGGGUACUACCGCGUGAACUACGACAUGGAGAACUGGAAUAAACUGCUGCAUUUACUGCAGACUGCUCAUGAGAGCAUUCCCAUGAUUAACCGAGCCCAGAUUAUAGACGAUGCUUUUAAUCUUGCAAGGGCGAGAAUUAUUCCGACCACGCUGGCUCUGAACACUACACUGUAUUUAUCAUCGGAGAGAGCGUACAUGCCCUGGGAAUCCGCACUGGACAACCUGGACUAUUUCUACCUCAUGUUUGAUCGUACGGAGAUUUACGGCUCUCUGCAGGCUUACACAAGGAAACAGGUGGAGCCACUCUUCCUGUACUUUAAAACCCUGACUGACAACUUCAUGAAGGUUCCUGAUGGUCACACGGACCAGUAUAAUGAGGUGAACGCUCUGCGCGUGGCCUGCAGCUCCGGCGUGGAGGAAUGCAACACUCUUGUUAAGAAUUGGUUUGACAAGUGGAUGAAUGACUCAAAGCUCAACCCGAUUCACCCUAACCUGAGGUCGACGGUGUACUGCCGGGCCAUCGCUACAGGGGGCGCCAGAGAGUGGGACUUCGCCUGGUCCAGGUUUAACAACGCCACCAUCGCCAUCGAGGCCGAUAAACUGAGAGCUGCCAUGGCGUGUAGUACCACACCCUGGAUCCUCAACCGGUAUCUGAAAUACACGUUGGAUCCGUCGAAGAUCCGUAAACAGGACGCGACGUCUACGAUCAUCUACGUGGCGAAUAACGUGGUGGGUCAGCCGCUAGCCUGGGACUUCAUUAGAGCGAACUGGGAGUACAUCUACAGAGAGUACGGCGGGGGAUCGUUCUCCUUCGCUAAUUUAAUCAACGGUGUCACCAAGCGCUUCUCUACCGAGUUUGAACUCAAACAGUUGGAGCAGUUCAGAAAAGAUAAUGAACACAUUGGCUUCGGUUCUGGUUCCAUGGCGAUCGAGCAGUCCAUCGAGAGGACGAAGGCCAACAUCAAGUGGCUCGAACAGAACAAGGAGGAGGUGCAGAAGUGGCUGGAGGCAGCGAUUAAAUAAUACACACACACACACACACACACACACACACACGGGUAAAUGAGGCAGACUGAUUUAUUUAUUUGCCACAUGCUGAUAUUUCCCAGGAGUCUCUUUUAGCCGGUGGUCAUCGUUAUCACUGAAGGUUUUGUAUUUGAGGUGUGAUCGGUUCGUGGUGUUGAUGACCGACGCAUUUAAAUCUUCCAUUCUGUAACGCUGUGGAAUAAAAUAAAAGAGUAUUUUUUUCUUUUCAAAA